AUGUCGAAACUCGGCAUCAACGACAAGAUCAAGCUAAACAGCGGAUAUGAAAUUCCCCAACUGGGUUUCGGAGUCGACUCUGCCUCUGCCUACCGCAACGAAGCUGGUUGCGGCGCUGCCGUCCUCCGCUCCACCAUCCCCCGCUCCGAAAUCUUCUUCACCUCCAAAGUCGGCCCCAAACACAUUUCGUACAACGCCGCGAGACGUAUCAUCUCCGAAUCCCUUGUCAAAACGGGCCUAGAGUAUAUUGACCUCAUGCUCCUGCAUGCUCCCUACGGCGGGUCUGUCCACAGAAAGGGGGCCUGGCUAGCGCUCGUCGAAGCUGUUGAAGAAGGGAAGAUCCGCUCCAUUGGUGUCUCCAACUACGGUGUGCACCACCUCGACGAACUCGAGCAGCAUAUCAAAGAGCUGGAAAAGGAACGGGGCGGGCCUGGCAAGGGAGGAGUGUUAAGUGUAGGGCAGUGGGAGGUUCAUCCAUGGUGUCCUCGCAAAGAUAUCGUUGAGUGGUGUCGCAAACGCAACGUUGUCGUUGAAGCGUAUGCGCCCAUCGUAAGGGGGGAGAGGUUCGGUGAGCCCGGGUUGAAGAGCUUGGCCGAGAAGUAUGGAAAGACCGAGGCGCAAGUGCUUGUGAGGUGGAGUCUCCAGAAGGGGUACGUGCCGCUGCCGAAGAGUGUGAAGGCGGAGAGGAUUAAGGAGAACGCGAAGGUAUAUGACUUUGAGCUGAGCGAGGAGGAGGUGAAGGCGCUGGAGACGGAGGAGUACAGUCCGGUGUGUUGGGACCCGACGACGAGUGAGCUGGAUAACUAUAGUGGACAAGAAGUCUAAGGGGAUGGAGAAUGGCGUGCAGGCAGGCUGGAAAUGGUGAAGGCACCUUUUUUUUGGUUUGGCUGAGCAAGUUAGUCCCUGCGCCUGCACUUUACUCCGUUCUCUUGUUUUCUAACUGCUCGCCAACCGAUAUUCCAGUUGUUACCUUUAGGU